AUGGUUAAAACUCAGCAGCUCUGCACCCCGCCGGCUGAGCGCUGCGCUCGGAACGAAGGGCUGCGCGACCUCCCGCCGCCAGGGGGCGCAAUAGCGGCGUGCUCCGCCAAGACGGCGGGCCGCUCUUGCACGGAGGGCUACACGACCUCCUGCCGCCAGGGGGCAUGGCGGCCUCCAUGUCGGCUGGGGCCGCGGACCGGCGGCGGAGGGCCCUGGCUGUGGCGGCGGCUCUGGCGGCGCUGGGCUGGCUGCAGGCGGCGGGCGACGCCGGGUGAGUGGCUCCCGUGGGGCCCGGUCUCCCUCGGUCGGGGUUUCGGCGGUAGAAGGGGGAAGCGAGGCCUCGUUCCGGCGGUGACAGCGCUCCGUGACCGCGCGCUGCUGUCUUACAGGGCCGCCUCCGGCCUGCGGCUGCUGCAGCCCUACCCGCCCGGGCAGCACGGACCGCGGCACGGCCACCGCCACGUCAGGGCCUGCCAGCCCGUCCGGCACGGUAACGUGACGCACGAGGCCUGGCCCGGCGACAACAGCACGGCGCUGCCCGCGGCCACUACCCGGACCUUCGUUUCCUACAUCCCCUCGGCCAAGGAGCAGCGCCGGGCCGUUUACGGCCACUUCACCUUCGUGAGGAACCCGCUGAGGACGUUGUCGGUGCUGGAGCCCGGCGGUGCCGGGGGCUGCGGGGAGCAGCGCAGGGUCACCGUGGAGGAGACGGCACGGCUGGGCCGGUGCCUGGUGGCUCAGAACGGCGGUUACUUCGACAUGAGCAGCGGGAAGUGCCUGGGGAACGUGGUGAGCGACGGCAGGCUGGUGCAAAACGCCCACGGCCUGCAGAACGCCCAGUUCGGCAUCCGCAGGGAUGGCAGCAUGGUGUUCGGUUACCUGUCUGAGGAGGAUGUCUUGGAUCAAGCAAACCCUUUUGUGCAGCUCGUGAGCGGGGUGGUUUGGCUCCUGAGAGACGGAGAAGUGUACAUCAAUCAGAGUCAAAUUGCUGAGUGUGAUGAAACUCAAACCACAGGAACCUUUGAGAAGUUCAUCAAUGUGAUAUCAGCCAGGACUGCAGUUGGACAUGACAGUCAGGGGCAGCUGGUCUUGGUUCAUGUGGAUGGACAGACCGAAUCUAGAGGGAUCAACCUCUGGGAAAUGGCUGAGUUUCUGAAACAGCAGGGAAUCAUCAAUGCAAUCAACCUGGAUGGUGGAGGGUCGGCAACGCUGGUCCUGAACGGGACCCUCGCAAGUUACCCUUCAGAGCACUGCUCCUUUGACAACAUGUGGCGAUGCCCUCGGAGCAUCUCAACCAUUGUGUGUGUCCACGAGCCUGCCUGUGAGCCUGCAGACUGCAGCGGCCACGGGGACUGCGUGCAGGGCCAGUGCCACUGUGCUGGGGACUUCUGGAGAGGCCCAGCCUGUGACACGUUGGACUGUGGCCCUUCCAACUGCAGCCUGCAUGGUACCUGCACCGCCUCUGGAUGCCUGUGUGAGGCUGGCUGGGUUGGCAGCAACUGCAGUGAAGCUUGUGUGAGCGGUUUCUACGGGAAUGCUUGCAGCCAGAAAUGCCAGUGCCAGAAUGGUGGUACGUGUGACCCUGUGAAUGGAGCCUGCUCCUGCCCGGCCGGGUACUAUGGCACAAGCUGUGAGCAUGCAUGUCCCAUGGGCAGGUAUGGGCCCAACUGCCAGCAGCUCUGUGCAUGUGAACACUCGUGUCCCUGCAACCCACAGACAGGCAGCUGUAACAUCACCUAUGAACUGGCAAUACAGGACCAGCUCAACAAAGCUUGGAGGUGUUUGGCUUCCCCAGAUAAGGAAAAGAGCAAUGAAAAAUUUUCUCUGUCAGAAAGAACCUGGAUCUCCGUGACCUUUGUCUUGGCUCUGCUUCUCGCAAUUAGUGCCAUGGGAAAUGUGGGCCUUUUUCUCAAGGCCAGGUCAGAGAGGCAACACGGAGGUGGUGAUUAUCGCUAUCACCCCCUGAGGGAGAUGAAUGGAGAAGCCAGCCAUACCUUCACGUCUGCUGCCUGUGAAGCAGAAGAAGCUCAGGACCAAAGUCAGACACUCCUUUAGAGUCCCAGCUGGGAAAAGAGAAGAGGUAUUUCACUCUGCACUGUACUGCCAUUCAGCACUGACUGUUACAGAGAAUUUUUAGAUCUAGAGUAUAAAACUGCUGACAAACCCAAGAGCAGCAGCAAGAGAUUUUAGUUCAAGAAUUCCCUCGCUUCUUGCCCAGCCCUGCUGAGGACACGGCUGGCUUCCCUCACCUCCCCACCUGCUCUGACUGGAGCAGAUGAGAGCUGCCAUGAGAGGAUGCAAGCCGUGGGGCCAGCUUCCACACACGUAGGAGGGAGUUCCACAGCUGCAGCAGAAUUGGAGCCAUGGGUACUUCAGAAAGGUCCUUUGUCACACACGCAGUGGUACAGUCGCUAAAUAUGUGGAAGAGGUAAGAUAAACUGCACGUUGCCUCUUGCGUAAAGAUAGGCAUAAGGAAGCUGCCUUAAGGAUGAUCUGAUCUAUGGUUAUCUGCACUUCCUUUGUAAGAUUUUAAGAUGCUAAAACAGCUGCAACGCAAUGAAGCCACAACAUUCUUCCUCCAUGCCACAGCAGUAGGCUCAGAGGCUGACACAGAGGGUUGUGGCUUUCUUGUGCCUUCUUCCUCCUGCCCCCCUCCAAACUUUAUGGUGAUUGCAGUCAACGUUCUCAGUCCCAGGACUGGUCUAACAGGUGCUUCAUAAGCACUAUCUUUUUAGUCAAUUCUAACAGCACAGCAACAGGAAAAGUCUGACUGGUGCACACACCUCAGCUUUGUCUUCUCUCCUACCUCCCAGGAGCAGCUCAGCCAGAGGUACUGCAGCACUGAGCCAGCUGGGGAAUGAAUGGAGGAGGCAGCAGGACCUGACUGAGCCCCAGAUUGGGCUCACCACACCGCAGCCUGCUCAGUCUUCCCAGCACCAGGCUGCCCUCCCUCAGCUGCACAGGGUCCCUGCAGCCCUUUCUGCUUCCUGCUGCUGGAACUGCCUUUCCAUUAUGGGGGUGGCAGCCAUGAGGGAGCUGGGGCUGUGCUCACUAUUUCAGGCAGCCCAACAUCCUGAACAUCUCAGCUGGAAACUGGAUGUUUUACUGGAACACAUACUUGCACAGUGUAUAUAAAAAAAAAAAGUUUCUGAUUUUGCUUCCCUGUGAGGAGAAACUAGCCUUUAAUAUGCUACUUUAAUGCUGCACUUUUUUUUUUUUUUUUUUUUUUUUUUUUAAGCCUGAAAGACUGAGCCUGAACGUUUUUAUGCACUCUAUUUUUAAUCUCUUCAUGCAAAGGAAAUGUAAACUUUUGUGCCACUGUUGGCAUCAAAUCAACUUGUAAACUGAAGAUUCUAUUUUUCUAUUGCUUACAGUGGCAAUUUGAAACUUGAAUAAACUCAAUUAGUAAUAACUGCCUGAAAGCGGACUGGUUAAUGCUCAGCUGCAAGAGGAGGAACCAUUCUUCCCCAGUUGCUCUCAGUGGGUCAUUUAGACCUACUGAGCCCUUCCCAUGUUAAAGAACAGUCUCAGUUGCAGGGCUGCCCGUACCAAACUACAUCAUGGUGUAGAAAAAAACAGCAAGUGCUGGUCCUACAGGAAAAGAUAAAGACUUUUCAGUUAUUUAAAUGGUAAAAGCAACUGGAUACAAGCAAAGCAAUGUCAGUUACUGCGGAUACCCAAACAGAGCAGCACAUGUGCUGAAAUAUUCAGGAUUUGUCACAGAUGGGAAGAAUUGAGUUUCAUCAACGAUCAGACGUACUUCAGAGAGGUUUCUUUUUUUAUUCCCGACAUACAGAAAUGUACAGCUUUUACAAAUACUGUAUUUUUUUCUUUAAUUUUACAAAUACUGUAACUACAUUUUUAGCAUCAGAUUUGUUGUCAAGUAACACGGUAUGGAGCAGCAGGCCUUUUGCUGCUGUGCUCUUCAAGAAUAGCUCCUUGGUUCUUUUAUUUUCCUCCCUUUUUUUUUUUUGGCUGAGAGAAAUCAGGACCCCAAAGUAUAAAACCAGACAGCUGCGAGGGACAGAAAGUAACACUACUUUCUAAAAAUUAAUCAUAAUAAUGCCCAUUUAAUUUAUAUGUAGCUGAUAGCUUGGAAGUGGACAUUGAUGUCAUUAAAAGCCAACGCGUGUCACACAGUGCCAAUUUAGCCUUCCAGAAGAGAAAUAAUUACGCAUAAGAAUCACCAUUGCAAACAAGCUGGAGACAUGUUAAAGCCAAUAGCAUGCAGGAAUCUGACAGACACAUGUCAGUGUGAGGCCUUGGGAUCGAACAGCUCAGCUUCUUGCUUGAUUUGACUCCCAGUGGGAGCACUUCAGGUAAUACAGAAGUGCUGGCACUGCUGCCCAGAGCUGAUAGAACAAAGAGCUGACCAAAGAAUAGAAAACUCAACAGUAUUUCAGCUAUUUAGUUAAAUCAAGGGUUGUAAAUUUGUCUUAAAGCUGUGAUAUUUUGCACCCCUGCCUCUGAUUACUGAAAAAACAAACUGGCCAACCUUACAAUGAAGUGAACGUGGCUGUGCUUGAAAUUCUGCAGUCAUCUGUGGCCUCAUGUACUGAUGGGGCAAUCAGGGUUACUCUCCCCCACAACGGAAGGGUGCACAGAGCCCAGGAGCAACACAGACCUGCACUGAGUGCCCAAGAGAGCAUUGUGUGCCAGCAUUCAGCUUCACCCUUGGCAUGUGGAAAGUGGUACAAAGCCCAGAGUGCUGCUUCUGCAUCUCCCUGGACUAAAGUCUCCUUUAGGCCUUUCAUAAGGCCAACUUAUUCUGUCUACAGCUAUUUAAAAAAGCCCUUUUCUAACCCGAAACGUUUCACCCAAGUGCCUCAGUCACUGUAUUGCUGCUCUGUAUGAUGUGACAUCCACCCUCUUUGGUGCACUGUAUCCAUGCUCGGUCCCACUGAGACAGAAGCAGGGAGCAGCAGGACGAGGUGGACCUGCAAGGAUUGCUAAGAACAAAGUUGCACGUAUGGCCAGAGUUGUAAACAACAGCACAAUGCUGUGUGCCAAAUCACCCACGGUACCAUUUCCCUUCAAACACAUUAAACGUGGCAACAGCUCUUUGAGGUAGGCAUUAUGUUUUGCACGUGGAAUAUUUGAAACAGGAGAAAGCCCUCAUUAACUGAGGAGUUAAUUAGACACCCAGCUGGUUGCCUGAAUGCAGCCCAAGCCCACUGUACUGAAAAACAGCUGCGAGGCCCUGCUGCAUCACCAGCUCCCUCCCUGGGUUCUGGCUUGUAGGAUCUGCAAGGAGCCACUGGGAACAGAAUCCAGCACUCUGUCUCAACUGAGCUGCAAUCUCAGCUCAGGAAGCAGCAAUGCAGGAACAGCCCUCCACCUCUGCCCAGCUCAUCAGGGACCUCCCCUGGCUGGAGCCAAGCACCCGAAGCUUUUACAGGUGGGAGGAGAGCAGCACGUGCCCCAUUUUAAAAAUAAAUGAAUCCAGCAUAACGGAGAAGAUUCUCAACCAGAGCAAGUUAAUGAAAUCUAGAAAUCACAGAAUGGCCCGGGUUGGAAGGGACCUCAAGGAUCAUGAAUCUCCAACUGCCCUGCCACAGCCAGGGAAAACAGGGAUGUUCCUACUGUGGGAUGAGACCAACCAGCCAUAAAGAGCUGAAAUCCUGAAACAUCACAGAGAGGGAAGGGCUGGGUUUGCUCACCAUGCUUUAGGAAUCAGUUUGAAUUUGUGUUACUAGCAUCUGAACUAAUGGCAGGGUUUCACAUUCAGGAUACACACGUGCACGUUUAAUUCCAGGACUCCUGAUUCUCCAGAGCAAAGGCAGUGCUUUUCCCUCUGUGUCAGAUGCUGAAAUCCCAGACACAGAAGCUGAAUUCAUUUGGGAGAAAUGGUAAAAGUUGUGCAGAGCAGCUGGGGAACUCCUGGACAUCAGAACUGUCCCAGGAGCUGCAGAACUGGGUUACCUGAUCCACGCUCACACAGUGAUGUAAGCUGGGGGAGUCAUUUCCUUGGCUCUGUUCCUUAAAAAAAAAAAAAAGGAUACUAAAA